GAAAGAGAAACCCUCCGCUGUUCUCUCUCUCUCUCUUCUCCUGCGGGGCUUGGCUCUGGCCGCUUUCUUCUUUCUUGCGAGCGCCGCUGCCUCUGCUGCUCCUUCCCCGCCGCCGCCCACUCCUGCUGCUCUUCCCCAGGCUACCGGGCCACCGCCUACCCCGUCUCCAGAUUCACCAUGAGUACUGUAGGCACUGGAUUGCUAAAGGGCUUGAGGGGAGUCUUAGGGCAGCAAAGGAAACCAGUUGAUUUAUGCAGAAAAUCACGAGCUUGGAAUUCUACUAUUUCUUUUUCCGAUACUGAUGACAAGGUUGACAUGGGCGAUGAUGGCGACUAUACAGAUUCAAAGAGAGAGUUAGAACCCCAAACCGUGGACCCGAAGAAGGGCUGGGGAUUCCGUGGCGUGCAUAAGGCUAUAAUAUGUGGUAAAGUUGGACAAGUACCUGUCCAGAAAAUUUUACGGAAUGGGCGGACAGUAACUGUAUUUACUGUUGGAACUGGUGGCAUGUUUGACCAGAGGAUAAUUGCGUCUGCGGAUACGCCAAAGCCAGCUCAGUGGCAUCGAAUAGCUGUUCAUAACGAGUAUCUAGGUGCUUAUGCUGUUCAGAAGUUGGUUAAGAACUCUGCUGUAUAUAUUGAGGGUGAUAUCGAAACCAGGAUCUACAAUGACAGCAUCGAUGAUCAAGUCAGAAAUAUACCGGAGAUCUGUAUCCGACGUGAUGGCAAGGUUCGACUGCUUAAAUCUGGGGAGAGUGCUGCCAGCAUAUCACUAGAUGAGCUAAGAGAAGGAUUGUUCUAGUUACAGCAACCACAGUCAGCAAAAGCAGGUCAUAACUCAUAACCAGGGAUGGAUUGGGUUUCAGAAUAAGGGGAUACAUGAUGCAGCCUCGACGCUUCUUCGUUGAGAAGCCUCGAUAAUAUGGAUAUCGUCGUAUCUAAGGGCCCUCUCACCUUUGUUGAAGUCUGUUAAAUUUUGGGAUAAUUUAGCGAUCUUGUUGAUUGACAUCUUUGCAAGAUUUACCGUGGUGUGCACACUUACUAAUGAGCAAACUGUUGGACUAUCGUAUUUGCAACCGGAUCUAGAUGAGUGUGAUGUAGUGAUGAUUGUGUGGCUUAA